GUCAGCCUGCGGUCCGUUGUCCAGCCUGGUGCCACGGUGCCCGCUGUUCAGCCUGAUGCUCGGAUGCCUGAUGACCCACCUGAUGACCCGGUGCCCGCGGUCCAGCCUGACGACCGCUGUCGUGCCAGAUGACUCGGUGCCCGCUGUUGUGCCAGAUGACUCGGUGCCCGCUGUCGUGCCAGAUGACUCAUUGCCCGCUGUCGUGCCAGGUGACUCGGUGCCCGCUGUCGAGCUUGGUGAC